GACAGACAGACAGAGAGAGAGAGAGACAGACAGAGAGAGGAGGGAGAGAUUUUUAGGGAGGGGAAAAAACAAAGGGAAAAGAAAGAAACAAAACAAUAAAAGCAGCACGCGCGUUUUUUUUUUGUAGCACGCGCAAGUUUCUGUAUUUAUUUUUUGGGGAAGAAUUACGAUAUCGGAUUCUGCACGGUUCUGAAGUUAGGCUUCUCUUCUAUUCCAGUUGUUUUGUUAUUUAUCCUUCUGAAUGCUUCCUGUAUCUCUGAAACCGACCAUGGACUCCCUGAACGCUGUCUUGCGCUUCUUCACUAAUCAGAAGACUAAAAUCGGGUACGGUAUUAUGGCCAUCGCUACCAUAGGAGGAGAAAGGAUCUUCUCUCUCUUGUCCUUCCAGUGUCCGUGCAACGUAAAGCAGAACAUGGUGUACGGGCUCACCUACCUGCUCGGACCCGCGCUCGUGCUCUUCACCGUCGGCCUGUUCCUGAGCACGAGUCUUUGGAGACUCUACACAGGAUGCUGUCUCAACCCCAGGAAGCUUUGUCCUCACAGGGCCAACUGUGUGGGCUGUUUAUCCGUGUUGUUUAACGUGAUUGUUGGAGCUCUCGUGGCACCGAUCAUGUGGCUCAGCAUCGCUUUGCUGAAUGGUACGUUUUAUGAGUGCGCUGUGAGCGGUUUGGAGGAACAAGCACUGGUCAAUUGGUUUUGUAAAAACAGGACGAGCACGUGCAAGGACGAGCUGGACAAAGUGCCUUGUGGAACGUCCAACAUGCCGGCCUCGGAUAUCAAGGAGCUUCUGCUAAUUCUACACGCCCAGUCUCAGAUCCUCGGCUGGAUCCUGAUCAUGAGCUGCACUGUGGCCGGUCUGAUUGGUACGUGUUACAAAAACUGCCGCUCUCAAGUCAGCUACCUUCAGCUCACCUUCUGGAAAGUGUACAAAGAGAAAGAGAGUGAGAAGUUUGACUCGUUCGUGGAGGAGUACGCCACCCGACUGGCCGAGCGAAACCUCAAGAGCUUCUUCGAGAACAAAGACCCCGAGGAUUUUCCUUUUCCGAAUCACAAAGCCUGGGAGCAUAUCUCGGAAAUAUACACGUACGAUCACGCCGAGCAAUAUUACAGCACGCUGCAGAGAUACGUAGAACAUCCUAAUCGUGACUACAGUCCAGAGAAAAUACCACUGGAAAUGGAACACAGCCUCGGAUAGAGACGAACCGCACAAUAGAGUCUACUUAUGUUUGCCCGACGAGCUGGCAUUGCAGCAAAGCUAGCAAGAAAAUAGUCCCUUAAAGUCUUUGUGUUGGUGAGAUUUUAAAGCGCUUACUUACCAUCUUUUAUUUUUUACCUCAGGAUCGGCUACGGUGUGUUUCCUCAAACUCCUCAAACGUCCCAUUAACUUAAAGCAAAGCACUAACAUCUUAUUAAACAACUCAGUAUAAGAACAAUUUCUAAUUUCUACUCAGUAUAAUAACAAUUUCUCAGGUUUCAUCCUGAAUGCUAUAAUUCAGAGGUGGGAGUAAGUCACACAUGCAAGUCACAAGUAAGUCUCAAGUCAUGAAUGUCAAGUCAAAGUCAAGUCGAGACUUUUUUAAUAUUUGUCAAGCAAGCCUCAAGUCUCAAAUCUGCGACUUAAGUCUGACUCGAGUCAAGUCAUAUGACUCAAGUCCCCCAUCUCUGCUAUAAUUCGUUCAUAUUUAAUCUGUUUACUAGAAUAUCGGCCAUUUCGGCCCUCCGUCCUUAGAGAACACAUUCUACACCGAGUGUCCAAUAACCAUAACGUUGCGUUUAGGUGAAUCUGUUAAAAAAAACUUAAAAAAAGAGUCUUUCUUCUGAUAAUUUACUUUAUACUACACUUCAUGUACUAUAUUUUAGGAAAAUGUUUUUAUUUCGUAUUUUAUGCCUGUUCACUUAUAACAUAAUGGAUAACAGGAACUUUUCAAUUAUAGGAUGACAUUUUUUUAACAUACCGAGUAACAGCUGUCUGUUUGGUGUUGGGUCACGUCAUGGCAUUCUGUCUAUGAUUAUUUUCCCAUUACAGCAUGUGAGUCUUUAUAUCACGUCGCUUUCCUUUGGUUAUAUAAACCCUUUUCUCAGAGUAAUGUAGAGAUCAUCAGAUCUCAGUGAAGGAUGUUCCUUCAUUACUUGUUAUAACUACAAACAAAUGCACAAUAGUUGUGACAUCGCUGCCUCCUUUUUCUUGUUAAAAUGUAUUUUUUGGCAGGAAUUUAGAUCAAACAUGUCAUGAUGUGAUAUUUUGUCAUGAAGAGUUUAAAGAGUUCCUUUCUGAUCUUCUUUGGAGGAACCCUUAAACACACCAUGUAGAAACCUUCAACACUGUCUUAUUACAAAGUGUUUAGGAAGCUAAGAACUGUUACUAUACAUUCUGAUUGUACGGUAGAAGCCGUCUUAGCUAUCCUUAGCCUGCGCGUCUGCCAUAUUGGAUUUGGUGAGGUUCUGCUGUAAUCCAUUAGCUGUUACACACGUCAUGUGUUUUCCUAAAAUAUAUGCACUCUUAAUCAUUUCGAAUAAACCGGACAUUUUGCAAUAUAAA